AUGGGUCAAAGUUAUUCUACACCGCUAUCUGUAAUGACUGACCAUUUUUCCGAUUUUAAGUCCAAGGCUCAGAAUCUAUCAAUGCUAGUAAGGAAGAGCAAGCUAAAAACCCUAUGCUCAUCUGAGUGGCCGACAUUUCAGGUCGGCUGGCCGCCGGAGGGAACUUUCGGCCUGCCAGUCAUCCAGGCUGUUAAAGAAAAAAUAAUGGCUCUGGACCCUCGGGGCCAUCCAGACCAAGCUCCUUACAUCCUAGUCUGGCAGAAUCUAGUAGAAGACCCUCCCGUUUGGCUGAAACCCUUUAUUCACAACCCCCCCAGUGCUUCUGUUCCGCAGGUCCUGGUCGUGGAGGCCUCUAAGGAAGAAGACUGGGAGGCACAGGAGAGCCGGAAGAAACUGAUACUCCAGGAUACCUCAGGUGUUGUCCGGAGAACAAAGGGGGGACCCAGAACCCUCGGCUCCGCAGCAGGAGGGGGGCCAGCCCAGGGAACUCGAGGAAGGACCCGAGGGGGCGGAGACUUGUCUGACUACGGGAGCCGAGAGGCCCCUUCGUCCACCAUUCGAGUGCUUCCUGUCCGGGUUGGGCCAGCAAAUCCUGACGGGGAACGGAACUACCAAUACUGGCCUUUCUCUACUAGCGAUUUGCAUAACUGGAAAGCUCAAAACCCCUCUUUUUCUGAAAAACCUCAAGGCCUUAUUGAUCUUUUAGACACUAUCCUGUUUACUCACAAUUCUACUUGGGAUGAUUGUCAGCAGCUGUUACAGGUGCUUUUCACCAUGGAGGAAUGGGAGCGAAUUCUGUUGGAAGAACGGAAACAUGUUCCCGGAGCGGAUGGGAGACCGACCAUGCAGCCCCACCUAGUGGAGGAAGGGUUCCCUUCCACGCGGCCGAACUGGGACUUUGAACGCGCUGAAGGUAGGGAGCGUCUCCCAGUGUACCAUCAGACUCUCAUGGCCGGCCUCCGGGCAGCCGCCAGGAAACCCACGAAUUUGUCGAAGGUAAAUCUGAUAAGACAGGAGCCAAACAAGAGCCCAGCAGCCUUCUUAGAAAGGUUAAUGGAAGCCUUUAGGCAGUAUACGCCCAUGGACCCCCAGGCUGAUGAGUCAAGCGCAGCAGUUCUAUUAGCUUUCGUGAACCAGGCAGCUCCAGAUAUCAGGAGGAAGUUACAGAAGAUAGAAGGGCUGGGGAAACUGUCAAUACAGGAUCUGGUAAGGGCAGCUGAGGAAGUGUUUAAUAACAGAGAGACCCCUGAGGAGAGGGAGGAACGGAUUAGACGGGAAGAAAGAGAAUAUGAGGAAUGGAUUAGAUGGGAGGAAAGGGAAUAUAAGGCUGAAGAAAACUGGAGAAAUCAAAAAGAGCUGGCUCAGAUCCUUUUUGCGGGGACGAGAAAGGGGCCCGAAGCCCCGAGAACUAAAGACACCCAGUCGGGAGGAAAGGAAAAACCAGCUAGACCAGCCCUAAAGAGAGACCAAUGCGCUUACUGCAAAAAGCAGGGACACUGGAAAAAUGAGUGCCCCAAAAGAGAUCUGAAGAGAAAGACUGUAAGAAAGGAGGAAUCUUCCUCGGGGACCCACGUCUUAUAUGCAGGGGAAGAUAGUGAUUGGGGGGGUCAGGGCCCGGCACCUCUCCCCAAGUCCUGGGUAACUGUUAAUGUGGAGGGGAAACCAGUCGGCUUCAUGGUGGAUACGGGAGCUCAACACUCAGUUCUCAAUCAAAAAUUUGGGCCGAUGUCCAAAAAGACUAGCUUGGUCCAGGGAGCCACCAGGACAAAGAGAUAUUACUGGACUACUAAACGAAAAGUGGACUUGGGAGCCCAACGGGUGUCCCACUCAUUUCUGGUGAUCCCAGAAUGUCUGGCCCCUUUAUUAGGAAGAGACCUAUUAGCCAAAGUCAAUGCGCAAAUUCACUUUGACUCUGGGGGGAUAUCAGUCACAGACGGGCUUGGACAACCAAUUCAUGUUUUAUCCCUGGCACUGAGAGAUGAAUACAGACUAUAUUCACCAAAGCCCCCUGCAGCUGUGGAUCCUGCUAUGUAACAGUGGAUUCAGAAAUACCCUCCGGCCUGGGCAGAGAUAGCGGGAGUAGGACUGGCUAAACAAAGACCUCCCAUUGUUGUUGAAUUAAAAGCAAAUGCUACUCCUGUGAGGGUGAAACAGUAUCCCAUGAGCCAGGAGGCCCGGCAAGGAAUUAUGCCACACAUACAGCGCCUCCUAAAGGCAGGAAUUCUCAAAAAGUGCCGGUCCCCAUGGAAUACUCCCCUGUUGCCUGUAAGAAAGCCCGGGGGAUCAGACUUUAGACCAGUCCAAGAUCUUCGUGAAGUCAACAAAUGGGUGAAUGACAUUCAUCCCACUGUCCCUAACCCAUACACCCUCCUGAGCAGCUUGCCACCAGACUAUGUUUGGUAUACAAUUUUAGACUUGAAAGAUGCCUUUUUCAGCUUGCCUUUGGCCCCCCAGAGCCAGGAAAUCUUCGCAUUCGAAUGGGCUGACGAGGACGGCCAAACUGUGGGGCAGCUGACCUGGACUCGCCUCCCACAGGGAUUCAAAAACUGGCCAACAUUGUUCAAUGAGGCUCUGGGCAAAGAUCUCUGUGAGUAUUGAACCAGCCACCCCGAAGUCGUUCUGUUGCAGUAUGUAGAUGACCUAAUGCUGGCCACUACUACUAAAGAGGUAUGCCUAAAGGCCACAGGCGAUCUUCUCCAGACUUUGGGGACAUUGGGGUACCGGGCAAGUGCAAAGAAGGCCCAAAUUGCUAGACAGGAAGUCAUUUAUUUGGGAUAUAAAAUAAAACAGGGACAAAGAUGGUUGACUCAGGCACAAAAGACUAUUCUACAGAUCCCCGAGCCAACGACUCCCUGGCAUGUGAGAGAGUUUUUAGGGACUGUUGGGUACUGCAGGCUAUGGAUUAUGGGGUUUGCUGAAAAGGCCCGGCCUCUAUAUGAAGAAAGCAGAGAAAAUAAGGACUGGACUUGGACUGAAUCAAUGAGGCGGGCAUUUCAGGAACUUAGACAGGCGUUACUAGAAACCCCAGCCCUUGCUCUCCCUGACCCGACUAAGCCAUUUCAAUUGUUUGUGGAUGAAAAGCAGGGAGUAGGGAAGGGAGUCCUGAUGCAGCAAUGGGGAUCAUGGAGACGGCCUGUGGCGUAUCUCUCUAAACGACUGGAUCCAGUAGCUGCGGGAUGGCCACCCUGUCUCCGUAUCAUCGCGGCCACUGCUCACCUUGUCCAUAAUGCUGACAAGCUGACUUAUGGACAGCAUCUCCUGGUCUACACUCCUCAUGCCAUAGAGGGAAUCCUCAAACAGCCACCGGGUAAGUGGAUUUCUAAUGCUCGCCUAAUCCAUUACCAGGCCCUGCUGCUGGAUGCUCCCCGGAUACACUUUCAAACACCUUGUUUUCUGAACCCUGCCACUUUGCUACCCAUCCCGGAGGAGAACGGGCCCCUCCAUGACUGUGUUGAAGUGUUAGCUGAGGUAACCGCCAUAUGAAAAGACCUUAGCAACUUACCAUUAGAAAACAGUGAGCUGGUAUGGUUCACGGACGGGAGCAGUUAUAUAAAGGAUGGACAGAGAAAAGCGGGGGCAGCCAUAGUAGAUGACACUGGAAGGAUCAUCUGGGCUGAGGCUUUGCCCCCUGGAACAUCAGCCCAAAAAGCAGAACUGAUAGCUAUGAUACAAGCACUAGAGAGGGCAAAAGGAAAAAGAAUCACUAUUUACACUGACAGCCAAUAUGCAUUCGGCACUGUGCACAUUCAAGGCCCCAUAUAUAAAGAGCAGGGGCUCUUGACAGCGGAGGGAAAAGAGAUUAAAAACGUACCUGAGAUUUGCAGACUCUUGGCAGCGAUCCACUUGCCCCGGGCAGUAUCCAUAGUGCAUGUCCCGGGACACCAGAAAGGAGAGGGUGUCAGGGCCCGAGGCAACCAUGCUGCCGAUGCAGCAGCCCAUGAGGCAGCUGCUGGAGACCACAAGAAAAUACCACCCAUCCUGCUGGCAAAAACGGAUGGUAUCAGGACCAAGAUGACAACCUGUUGCUUCCUGCCAACCUGGGCAGACAUCUCUACCCAUUUACAUCAAACCACCCAUGUGGGAGAGAAACAGACUUUGACACUCCUGCAAACAGCUCAGCUGUGGUUUCCCCAACAGAAGAAAACCAUACAGGAUAUAAUCCACACGUGCAAGGCCUGUCAGAUGAUGAGACCAGGAAAAGGACAGCACACAGGUGUAAGAUAUCGGGGGGGAAGGCCAGGACAUCAUUGGGAGAUAGAUUUCACUGAGGUAAGGCCAGGCAAGUAUGGGUACCGUUACCUGUUAGUUUUGGUUGAUACGUUUUCUGGGUGGAUAGAAGCUUACCCCACUAAAAUGGAGACAGCGAUAGUAGUAGCUAAGAAGCUCCUAGAAGAGAUUAUACCUAGGUUUGGGCUGCCGGCAUCUAUCGGCUCUGAUAAUGGACCUGCAUUUGUGAGUAAAAUUGUUCAGAGACUGGCCUCAGCCCUGGGGACCAAAUGGAAGUUACAUUGCGAAUACAGUCCCCAGAGCUCAGGGCAGGUAGAAAGAAUGAAUUGGACCCUAAGAGAAACUUUAACAAAACUGGCAAUAGAGACUGGCAGGGACUGGGUGACCCUCCUUCCCUUCGUGCUUCUUUGGGCAUGAAACACCCCCUAUAAACUGGGUCUGACUCCCUUUGAAAUUGUAUAUGAAAGUCUGACCCCUGUUUGUCCAGCGUUUGAGGGAAAGACCAAACCACCUCUCUUGCUAUGCGCUUUCCAACAGGAGAUGCUAGCUUUGAGUAAGGUGCAUAAACAUAUCUGGUCAUUGGUAGGAGAAAUUCAUGAGGGCCAAAAUGAAGGAACGACCCUGUCUCAUAAUAUAGGCCCGGGAGAUUGGGUUUGGGUUAAAAGACACCAGUCGAGGACCUUAGAACCAAGAUGGAAGGGCCCUUAUGUUGUUCUUCUUACCACCCCUACUGCCCUCAAGGUAGACGGAAUUGGACCCUGGGUACAUUGCAACCACAUGCGACAGGCCACUCCAGAAGAACAAGAGAGGGCUCAAAGAGAAUGGAAGUCAACACUGCAUCCCUCCAAUCCCUUAAAAUUGAAGCUCGUCCAACAGCAGAUCUCUGACGGAUCACUCUGA